AUGUAUGCCUCCCCCUUUCACCCCUCAUCCACACAGUAUCCUGCGGAAUCGAUUCCGUCUCCCCUGAGUAGCUUUUCUCGUCCCAUUACCUCUUGUCUGCCGUGUCGUAGUCGCAAGGUCAAAUGUGACCGCCGGCAACCGCUAUGCUUGGUGUGCGAGCGAGGCGAUUAUGUCUGUUCUUACGUGUCAAAGCCUCAGUCACCGGGGCUGGCCUCGGAGAUGAGCCGGGUCACCAAAUCCAGCAGUGCCCCCAAGAUCUCUUCAUCCACGCUAGCCCGAAUCAAUCCCAGUCUUCAGCGUCUUGGUAACCUCAUGGCGCAAGCGAAAGCAUAUGAGGCACCGGCGCAUAGUUCCUCGUCGCUGGACUCAUUCGCACCUACACGAUCGGCGCCAACCCCCCUCAAUGCAUCGCCUCCACAGCCGCGAUCGCAAGAAGAUGCACUGAUUCUCGAUAAUGGAGUCCCCCACUUUGUCUCCGGCAAACACUGGGCCUGGAUGGCAGCGGAGCUCCAAGACAUCCAAUCGGUUCUUGCAGAAUCUCAGAAUUCCUCCCCCGAACAGGCGCUCGAAGAUAUCAUCUGGGACGCCGGUUCACCUAUAGAUAACGGUACCUUCUGGCCCGAUACACGAGAGGAUUGCUAUUUACUCCUGAAUGUUUUCCUGGACAAUGUCAACCCGAUUCACCGAAUUGUCCAUCGUCCAAGUCUGGCCCGUCGCUUUGACGCAUUCAUUCGCACUCAUUACCCCCUUGAGAAUGAUCACACCCCUAACAUAGCGGGGAGUAAUCUCAGUAUGAAUUUCCACCUGAGUAAUAAUAUGGACGCGUUCGAGCCGUUGGUCAUGUCCAUCUUCUACGCAGCCGUCAACAGUAUGAGGGAUACCGAUAUGGCCACCGUGUUUAGCACGGACAAGUCCUACCUCCUGAAUCGAUACCGAAUGGGAACGGAGGUGUAUCUGAAACGGCAGAAAUUUAUGACCUCUAGGAACUUUGAAGUUUUGCAAGCAUUUGUGAUUUUCCUGACCGCGCAAUAUCGGGAAGAUGAUAUGGGGAAGGUAUGGCCGUUGACUGGGCUGGCUAUUCGAAUGGCGACGGUCCAUGGACUACACCGGGACCCCUUAGCUCUACCGCUGGGGACGAUCGAUGUCAUACAGGUGGAGCUGCGUCGUCGCUUGUGGGCGCAGAUCUGUUACUUGGAUUUCCGUGCGGCGGAGGAUCAUGGGUUUGCGCCUUCGAUUCAUGAGUCGGACUUCGAUACGUGUCGACCCGUCAGCCUAGAUGAUGUCGAUCUGGUUGAAGGGGUAGCACCAUCGGCCGCACUCUCGGAUGUCCCCAAAUUCACCGAUAUGACCAUCUAUCUCCUACGGAUCACCGCUGUCCAGUAUUAUGGGCGUAUUAUUCAGGUAGCACUUGCUUCGCAAAAGCGAUUGCGCUCCGGCCUCUGUGGUGCUAUGAGCGAGGCCGAAGCAUUAACGGAGCUACAAGGCCUGUUGAACACUGCUGAGACUAUCGCGAGCGAGUUUGAGAAGAACCUAGACGAUCUCGUUCGAUACUGCGAUAAGAGGUAUCAAACGUCAAGCAUAUUCGAGGAUGCCGCCACAGUCAUAGAGAACUGGUGUACUAACGCCUCUAGCAAGGCUUGCGAACCCUUCCAAUGGCAUCUACUCUCCCACGCCGGCUUCUACCUGAUUCUCUACAUACUGUCCGAACUCCGCAGUUCUGGCUUUCAAUCCCCAGAGUGGGCCGAUCUCCGCCAGCGAGGCCUCCAAUUAGCGAACGCCAUCUACGAGAUUCGAGGUCAGCAUACCACGGGUGCAUGGCCCCAAAUCAUUUGGUUGCUGAAUCGGAUUCGGUUCCAGCAGGGUCUCAGUUCUGGUAUCGCUAACAACCAGCAUACUGGGACCGGUCCAUCUGAGAAUAAUCAUCCCAUGAUGGAAUCGUUUACUGCUCCUCUGGGCCCGGCAGGGAUAGGCCUUGAUACGGCGAAUUUCAUGGGAUUGGUGAAUGUGGAAGACUUCGAUUUUGCGGACUUCGCCAGUUUGGAUCCGAUGGGGUUUCCUGGGUUGUCACAGUGA